AAAUUCACCAGAAGUUGCAGAAAACACAAGAAGAAGAAGAAGACCUGAGAUCCACAACACCGUUUGAGCGCUAAAAUCGAUGUUCAUCAUGAGAGAGCAGGUGGAUGUGAUUCAUGCUGGAGAACAGCAGAUGCUGCAGACAGCAGUGAAGAUUGAAGUGAAGCAGGAGAUAAAAGAAGAAAUCACAACAGAGGAACAACAGACUGAUGAAGAUGAUGAUGAUGAACAGCAGAUGCUGCAGACACCAGUGAAGAUUGAAGUGAAGCAGGAGAUAAAAGAAGAAAUCACAACACAAGAACAACAGAGUGAUGAAGAUGAUAAUGAUGAUUUUGUUCCUUCAGGGCUGAUGGAAAUGCAAGAGGAAAGUCAAGAGCUGAAUGAAGAGGAGGAGAAACUUCAGUGUCAGAAACAUCAUGAUUUCACAAUUGGAGAAAAAUCAUUAAGCGGCUCGAAGACUAAGAAGAAUUUCUUACCAACGAAGCCUCAAAGAGUGGCCAAAAAUACUUUCACCUGCUCUCAGUGUGGAAAAUGUUUCACAUUUAAAAGCCGGCUUAAUAUACACAUGAAAGUUCAUACUGGAGAGAAACCUUUCACAUGCCAACAUUGUGGAAAAAGUUUCAGAGAUAAAAAACAUCUAAAUGUGCACUCAAGGGUUCACACUGGAGAAAAGCCUUUCACGUGUAAUCAGUGUGGAAGGAGUUUCACACGUAAAGAAAAUCUUGAUAUACACAAGAGAAUUCACACUGGAGAACGGCCUUUCACAUGCCAUCAUUGUGGAAAAGGUUUCACAGAUAAAGGAAAUCUUAAAAAGCACACAAGAGUUCAUACUGGUGAGAAGCGUUACUCAUGCCAUCUGUGUGGAAAGAGUUUCACACGUAAAGAUUAUCUUAAUAUACACACAAGAAUGCACACUGGAGAGAGGCCUUUUACAUGCCAUCAGUGUGGAGAAAGUUUCAUGGAUAAAAAAAACCUUGAUAACCACACAAGAAUCCACACAGGAGAGUGGUCUUUCACAUGCCAUAAGUGUGGAAAAGGUUUUGCAUCUGCAGCUAAUCUCAAAGAUCAUCUCCAACGUCACUCUAACGAAAGGCGAUUUAAAUGUGAUCAGUGUGGUAAAACUUUUUUUGCCGAUUCAGACCUAAAACGUCAUCUGAAAAUGCACACAAAAGAGGAGCCUUAAAACUGUUCUUUUUCUGGAAAGAAUAUUGUACACUUGUUUUGGUUGAAAGAGCACCAGAAAAUACAAAGCGAUGUGAGGGCUCAUAUGUGCUUUGAAUGUACACUGCCUGGCCAAAACAAAUAAAAUAGUGUGAAUUCAUUGUGGCAUUGUUUCAACAACUUUAUACAAUGUCACAACAUUUAUUUCCGUCCGAGUUGUAUUAAUUUUUGGAUCGAGAUCUUGUAUUGAUGAUGGGAGAGUUGAACCACUCCGUAAAGUCUUCUCCAGCACAUCCCAAAGACUUUCAAUGCAGCAAUUACAGCCUUGCAGACCUUUGGCUUUCUAGUUGUCAAUUUUUUUAGGUAAUCUGAAGAGAUUCCACCCCAUGCUUCCUGAAGCACCUCCCACAAGUUGGAUUGGCUUGAUGGGCACUUCUUACAUACCAUACGGUCAAGCUGCUCCUAGAACACCUCAAUAGGGUUGAGAUCUGGUGACUAAACUGGUCUUUCCAUUAUAGACAGAAAAACAGUGGACUGCUUCUUUCCUAAAUAGUUCUUGCUUAGUUUGGAGCUGUGUUUUGGGUCAUUGUCCUGUUGUAGGAGGAAAUUGGCUCAAUCAAGUGCCGCAUGGUGUUGCAAAAUGGAGUGAUAUCCUUCCUUCAAGAUCCCUUUUACCCUGUACCAAUCUCCCACUUUACCACCACUAAAGCACCCCUAGACCAUCACAUUGCCUCCACCAUGCUUGACAGAUGGUGUCAAGCAUUUCUCCAGCAUCUUUUCAUUUGGUCUGCAUCUCACAAACGUUCUCCUUUGUGAUCCGAACACCUCAAACUUAGAUUUGUCUGUCUAUAACACUUUUUCCAAUCUUUUUCUGUCCAGUGUCUGUGUUCUUUUGCCCAUCUUAAUCUUUUUAUUGGCCAGUCUGAGAUAUGGCUUAUUCUUUGCAACUCUGCCUAGAAGGCCAGCAAACCGGAGUCGCCUCUUCACUGUUGACAUUGAGACUGGUGUUUUGCGGGUACUAUUUAAUGAAGCUCCCAACUGAGGACCUGUGAGGCGUCAGUUUCUCAAACUAGACACUCUAAUGCAUUUGUCCUCCUGCUCAGUUGUGCACCGGGAGCUCCCACUCCUCUUUCUAUUCUGGUUAGUGCUUGUUUGCGCUGUUCUGUGAAGGGAGUAGUACACAGCUUUGUACACAGCAAUUUCUCACAUGGAAAAGCCUUCAUUUCUCAGAACAAGAUAGACUGACGAGUUUCAGAAGAAAAUUCUUUGUUUCUGGCCAUUUUGAGCCUGUAAUCAAACCCACAAUUGCUGAUGCUCCAGAUACUCAACUAGUCUAAAGAAGGCCAGAUUUAUUGCUUCUUUAAUCAGCACAACAUUUUUCAACUGUGCUAACAUAAUUGCAAAAUGGUUUUCUAAUGAUCAAUUAACCUUUUAGAAUGAUAAACUUGGAUUAGAAAAUACAACGUGCCAUUGGAACAUAGGACUGAUGGUUGCUGAUAUUGGGCCUCUGUACGCCUAUGUAGAUAUUCCAUUAAAAAUCAGCCGUUUCCAGCUACAAUAGUCAUUUACAACAAGAGACAGUACCAUUUUAACACUUGUAUUGACAUUGAAUUUACAAUGUUAUAUACUUGUAAAUCAUACAAAUUAUGCACAAACAAUCAUUUGUAGGAAUGUAGUAAGAGUAAUAAAUAUGUAAAUAUCAUGCAUUAUGAAAUAUUUGUAACUUCAAAAAACUAAUUUAACAAAUGGGUUAAAUUAACAAUCCUGUGCAAAAGACCUAACCCACAAACCUAAUUUUUUAAAUAGUACUUUUGAUAUAGUUGCAUAUAAAAGUUAUUUGUGGAAUUCUAUUUAAUAUUAUCAGGUUCCAACAUAUUAGGGUUGCUAAACGAACAAGAGCUGGUUGUGAUGCUUGUAUGAGAGUUGUUAUCGUUAUGGAGUGAUUGUAACAUCACUUAAUUUUAUGAAAUAAUCUGAAGUAAUGUUGAUGUUUACUUUCUGUUCUAAUUUGAUUUCUUCUAGUUUCCAAAUCAGAAAGAACUUGUGAUUUUGUAAAAUUUUAGCAAUAAAUCAACAAUUCUGAAAAAAUUAACAAUUUUAGCAGUUUUAUCGAUUCAUUUCCAUUGAUGCAGGUCUAUCUGACUCGUACACAACAUCUAGCUCUUAUAAAAUAUGUUGCAGUAAACAAUUGGUUCAAUGAAGAUAAUUGGAAGUGAAAAUGCUCCCCAUAUGCAGUUCUGUGAAACAUGACAAAAAUGACAGCAUCGUAGCAUUGGCGGAAGUGUGCAUUGGCGGUUGUUGCUUGAAAAAAACAAUUUAUCUGCUCUAGCACCCCUUGUGGCAAUGCUAAUACAGCGCAAACCUGUGUUAAUUAAUUACGAUCUGACAUAUUUUACAAUAGCUUGCAUAGCAAGAUACGUCUGCAUUCACGUACUUGCGUAUAGUAUGUUUUGGGCCUUAAAGCAGUGCUCUGAGAAUCGUAUACAGCUCAUGCACCUUGGAUAUUUAUGCAUGAAUGCAGAUGCACCUUGCUACGCAAGCUCGAUUUCACACGUUGUUGCAUUGUGAAAUGUGUCAGCACAAUUCAUAACCUAAUGCACUGUAUUCUAAGCAUUGCCGCAAGGGGCGCUAUAUCAGUUUUAAAUUUUUCAAACAACCACUGUCAUGGUGGCGCAGCGUUUGAUGAGAGUCUUGCCGGUAGAUACUGUUUCGGAUGCGGGUAGUACAGCGAGCAACACGCACACUUUGGUGUUGACUGAAGAGACCCCUGCAGCAGGUCUCGGCGGCAUACGCAGCAAAGCGACACCACUCUCCCGUUCCUGUUAGGGUUUCAAAUAAUUUCUCCUCACUCAGUGAUGCACCCACUGAGGAUCAUGUCGAAAGAGCCCGUGUUAUUGGUGACUCUAUUGUAAGGAACGUGGAAAUAGAGACUUUAGUCACCAUAGUUAAAUGCAUUUUGGGGGCUCGAGCAUCUGACAUCAGAUCAAAUUUAGUGCUGGCUAAUGCUAAACGUAGAUUUUUUUUUAAAUUGUUAUUUAAAGAUAAUGUUAAAGAGGUGUUUGAACUUGCAAAAAUGAUGUCAGAAUAGCAUAGGAU